CAAUAUUCCAUUCACAAAAGAUCACCUCUACUUUUAAAACUUCAAGGCCUCUUUGAGUGUUUUGGGAGUUUGGGACCCCUUAAUCUGUUUUGAAUCUCUUCCUUUACGACUUUUGAAUCUCGUUCAAGAUUCUCAUUUUCACAAUCUCACCUCUUUCCGUCAGCACUCAACAAUGAACAAAUAACCUACAUACACAUAUAGUCAACCCAUUUAUUAAUUAAUUAUUUAUUUUUAUUUAUUCAUCUGGUCCACUCUAAAUUUCCUUGUCCCUUAAUUUAAAUCUCAAAUUGGUUGAUGGGUAUUUGUUACAAAUUAAUUCCCACAAAAAGCUUACUCUGCAUUUGUAAAUUUUGUCAAAUUUAUUCUGUUUCCAUACCCAGAAUUGGAUUCUUCACUUGGACAUGAUUUUCAUUCUGAAAAUUAUAUUUUGAAGAACAAAAAUUAAAAUAAACGCAAUUUGGGGAACGUGAAACAAUCAAAUUUGUGGCUUUAAAUUUUGUGUUUUUUAAUUGAUGGGUGUUAUGAAUGAAUAUGGAGGACAAUGUUUUAUGGGUUUCAGAGGUUUAAGAAGACGAAAGCAAGUGGACUCUGAAAAUCUCAACAUAAAUCAUGGUCAUCAACAAUUAGCCAAGAGAUUAAAUGUUCUUGAUCUUGUUGGAAUUGGUGUUGGAACCACUAUUGGUGCUGGGGUUUAUAUCCUUAUUGGAACUGUUGCAAGAGAACAGACAGGCCCUGCCCUUCCUAUUGCUUUCUUGAUAGCUGGAGUUGCGGCUGCCUUGUCUGCAAUUUGCUACACAGAGCUUUCCUGCCGUUGCCCUUCAGCUGGAAGUGCUUACCAUUAUUCAUACAUAUGUAUUGGGGAAGGUGUUGCAUGGAUAAUUGGUUGGGGUCUAACGCUGGAGUAUGCCAUUGGUGCUUCAGUUGUUGCUCGUGGUGUAUCCCCAAAUUUGGCCUUAUAUUUUGGAGGAGAGGGUAAUCUGCCGGUAUUCCUUGCGCGUCAUACAAUAUUUGGCAUUGUAGUUGAUCCGUGUGCUGCAGCCUUGGUCAUCAUAGCCACAAUACUCUUGUGCACUGGAAUAAAGGAAAGUACCUUGGCUCAGACAAUUGUUACAUCUAUAAAUGUUUGCGCAUUACUUUUUGUUAUUGUGGCUGGUGGGUACCUCGCCUUCAUGAAUGGAUGGGUGGGAUAUGAACUUUCGAGUGGAUACUUACCUUUUGGUAUAAACGGAGUGCUUGGCGGAUCUGCAACUGUAUUCUUUUCAUAUAUUGGGUUUGAUUCGGUUACUGCCACUGCCGAGGAGGUUAAAAAUCCGAAGAAAGACUUACCCUUGGGAAUAGGGAUCUCGUUAUUCUUGAGUUGUGUACUUUAUAUGAUUCUUUCUUUUAUUAUUGUCGGUCUAGUUCCUUAUUAUGAUUUGGAUAAGGACACCCCGAUUUCAUCUGCAUUCUCUGUGUAUGGCGUAGAAUGGGCAGCUUUAAUAGUGACAACUGGAGCAGUUAUGGCCCUGCUUGCAUCAUUGAUGGGGUCUCUUCUUCCUCAGUCUCGAAUUCUGAUGGCCAUGGCUAGAGAUGGCUUGUUACCAUCCUUCUUUUCUGUUAUUGAUAAACGGACCCAAGUUCCGGUGAAGGGAACAAUUGCUGUUGGUAUUCUUGCUGCUGUAAUUGCAUUCUGUAUGGACGUGGAUGAAUUGGCUGGAAUGGUCAGUGUGGGUACAUUGCUCGCAUUUACUUCAGUUGCAUUAUCAGUACUAGUGAUCAGAUAUAUUCCACCAAUUGAAGUACAUCCCCUACCAUCUGCUGGAGAAUCUUCUUCUUCAGGUGGCCAUGGUCAGAAUAUGCAGGGAGCUGAUGAGGCAGUUGUUAAAGAUCCUUUUAUUUCAUCGGGGGAUGAUUGUCGAGGCUUAAUUCUGAACAGAGACCCAUGUCAUGGAGCAUCUGUUGACCAAGAAACAAAUUUAGAAGACAACCAAAAGGGGCAGAGAAGACGACAGUUGGCUGCAUGGUUGGUAACUAUUAUUUGCAUAGGUGUCAUUGUGUUUACAUCUUCGGCUUCAGAAGCAUUCCCUCCCAGCUCCUCUUGCAUCAUACUCUGUGGAAUUGGUGGUGCUAUAUUUUUGGCUGGGACAACUGGCCUUGUAUUCAUUGGUCAAGAUGAUGCAGCAGGCGUAUUCGGACACACAGGAGGCUUUAUAUGCCCAUUUGUUCCAUACCUGCCAGCUGCCUGUAUGCUUUUGAAUAUGUACCUUCUUAUAAAUCUUGGCAUUGGGACUUAGAUUCGUGUUUCAGUAUGGCUGCUUCUAGGAGCUUUAGUUUACCUCUUCUAUGGCCGAACACACAGCUUACUGUUGGAAGCAUCAUAUGUGCCCAUUACUCGUACAGAAGAUAUAUACUCCCCCUAAUCAAAGUAUUAUUAGUUUCAUCCUGUCUAUUGGCCAGUGGCCACUCUGUCCCUUUCCUGAACUUCUCUGGUGAAUUUCAUUUCAUUGUUGCUGGGAUGGGACUUGGGAGAACCACUGCCUGUCGAUUUGUUGCUAUCAUGUGCAUAUAUAUUUGGAAAAAUCAUAGGCAAUAAGCCAAUAAUGUAUAUCAACUUGUACAGUCAAAGUAUACAGAAGUUGUUACCAAGGGUGUUCUGAGUCAAAACAACACCCCAUUCAAGAAACCAUUAUAGGGAAACCAUGUUCAACAAGACAAUAGGUAUACAAUGUAGUGCUUUAUCCGAAUUGAAAACAUUUUAUUUGACAUUGGACAUAGAUUUUAUUAUUAUAUU